AUGUAAACAAAACCACAUCUAGCCUUGAAUAAAGUCCAGUCAGAGCAGAAAACUGGGCUCCAGGAGAAAGACGAAUCCGGGCAACGUCCAGACCUGAUUUCAGUCUGCAGACAUGGAUCUGCUUCACAGCUGGGGUGUGAACAUCGCUGUCCAUCUGCAAACAGAGCACGGAGACUAUAACAAUCUGUUUCACAGGGUCACCUCGGUGGCAGAUCUCCACACCACCUUCUUUGUGUUUUUUCCUCUUUGGUUUCAUCUGAGGAGAGAUGUGGGCAUUAAACUCAUCUGGGUGGCUGUGGUGGGAGACUGGCUGAACCUCGUCCUGAAGUGGGUGUUAUCUGGUGAGCGGCCGUACUGGUGGGUCCAUGAGACCAUGUUUUAUGGUCCUGUCAAACAUCCUGAACUGAAGCAAUUUCCCGUCACAUGUGAAACUGGACCAGGAAGCCCAUCAGGUCACGCUAUGGGCUCUGCAGGAGUCGGGUAUGUGAUGGUCACUGCGUUACUUUCCAUCGCUGCAGAAAGAGAAACACCUGCUUUACACUACAGGUUUUUACAGUUGAUGCUCUGGACAUUGUUGGGUUUUGUGGAGUUAUUGGUCUGCAUGUCUAGAGUUUAUCUGGCAGCCCAUUUCCCACACCAAGUUAUCAGUGGAGUUAUGUCAGGUAUUAUUGUGGCAGAAAUCUUCUCCAGACAGCAGUGGAUCUACAAUGCCGGUUUGAAGAAAUACUUCAACAUCACUCUGUUUCUUCUGUCGUUCGCUGUGGGCUUCUAUGUUCUCCUGAAGGUUCUUGGUGUGGAUCUCCUGUGGACGCUGGAGAAAGCUCAGAAGUGGUGCGUCAAUCCAGACUGGGUCCUCAUGGACAGCACGCCCUUUGCCAGCCUGCUGAGAAACAUGGGCACGUUGUUUGGUUUGGGGCUCGGCCUUCACUUGUCAUGCCACAGCGAAAGCAAAAGAAACAACAACAGCGCUCUCUUCAGGUCAGGAUGUAUUUGUGUUUCUUUGGUACUGCUGCAGCUUCUGGACUCUGUGACGUUUUCCUCAAACAACCAUUUACUUUUCUACUUUCUGUCAUUCUGCAAGAGCGCCGCUGCACUGGUGUUGCCCACCGCACUCGUACCUGCUGCAAUUUCUUGGAUUUUUUAUAGAGGUAAACAUGAAAAAGACAUUUAACGUGAUGUUUUAUACUGGUGCAUCAAAAACAUGCUGAAUGGUAAAUAGUUAAGGGGUGUAGUUUGGCAUUGGGACCAUCCAUGCAAAUGUUCGAAGGUUCAGUAGCACUGCUGUCAUGCACUCAGAUUUCUCGGAUUUUUACAAAACUAUUAUUCCUCAUGUUGAUCAAACCCUGCUUGAUGUUUAUAAAUGGUUUCAUUGUCUAUGUCAGUGGUUCUCCAGUGGAUUUGCUUUAGGAACCAGUUUGAUCAUCAGGUGGUGACCCGACCAAAGUGCCAAAACAGUUGCUUAUAAAGUACAAAUAUAAGCAGCAUGUCCCUGGAAAAACAUGACUGUCAUGCAAUAUAUAUUAAAGAAAACCAGUCUUGUGUAACAUUAUUAGGAACCACCGUUCAUGACAUCAACAGGUACACUCUCAGAAAUAAAAGUACAAAAGUUGUCACUUGGACAGUACCCUUUCAAAAAGGUACACCUUUGUACCCAAAUAUUGCACAUUAGUACUUCAAAGGUACAUAUUGGUUGUUCAAAGAUACAUAUUGUAAAUGGUACAUAAUAGGACCUUUUUUAAAGGGUACUGCCCCAGUGACAGCUUUUAUACCUUUAUUUUUAACAGCGUAGAAAAACAAAAAACUUUACAUUUUACCAUCUAACUACUACAAUGACUUACUUAGUCACUGUGUUAUUAACCUUUAAAAAACAUGUACUUACCAACAUUUUACUCCCUUAUAACACUACCAGGCUGGUGUAAUUACUGAAAUAUUACUUCACAAUAAGUAAAACAUUUAUUAUUUCAGUUAGUACAUAUUCAAUACAGUUAAUACCAUUUUACCUUUAAAUCAACGCAAUUUACAUUGUUAUUUUCUAGUAACUGCACUGUAAUUGUCAGUUAUUGCACAGUAAUUUCUUGUAAUAUGUGGUUUAAAAAUAAUAUUACCAUGAAAUUACGUAUAUAUUACCAUAACAUUGCCCAGUUAUUACCGAUCUAUAAAGUGCUAUCACAUUAACAACUGAAAGUGAAAGUUUAUAAGCCUGUUUGUUUUAUUAUCCUACCCAUAGAUAUGUAUAAUAAAGGCUAGAUGUCUCGCCCACGCUGCUGGCCAAUUGAGUGGAAUGUCCGCAUUUGGCGGCCAUCUUACCACAGGGUGCUCGCUCACUUGUAGCAUUGUGUUUUAAUGGUACAUGUACUUUUAAAUGACCAUAACUUGCUUAAUUUUCUA